AGCUUGGAGGAUCAUCUUCAAAACAGGUAGGUCAGCUAUUCAGUGAGUUAUGAACUCAAACUAAGCUCAAAACGGCCAGUACUUUGUUAUAUUUUAUCUUUGAAAGUUUUGAUCCGUUUUCACCCUGAAGUAAGCAGCGUGCUGUCCAUUACUUUUUGCUCAGACUCUAAUCCACAGGGUUAGCACGGAAAACGAUAGUUACGUUCGAAGAUUAGAAUAUUUCAACUUCGACUUAAUCAAUCAGGGAGAAAAUUUGCCAUAGGAAGGUUGUGGAAUAAGUAACGAAACGAAGUUACGUUCAAGACAAUUGACAGAAUGUUUUUCAUUUCCAGGUUUGCUCUGUUUGCGACAACGAUUAUUCGAUUUUGACCGAACUUUGGUAUGUAAACUGUUACCAAUCGAAUUCUUCUUCCAUCCAUCCUUCCAUCCACCUUCCACCCAUUCGUCCAGCAAUCCAUCCGUCCAUUCAUCCACCAUCCAUCCAACCAUAUCUAUUAAUCUAAUGUGAUCAUAACAGUUUCAACCCUAUUUAGACCGGGGAGGAAGUGUUUAUUCUGACCACGCCGACUCUUGAUCCGAAAAACGUCUUUUUAAUUUUCGAGUAAACGCCAUGAAGCUUACUGAUUUUUUCAGAAAUUGAUCUGGGAACAAUUUGAUGUGGUUGGUUAAUGCUAAUUACUUUGAUUUUACUACGGGAACUCAUUUUCUCAAACAAUAAAAAAUGCCUUUUUAAAUGAAGAUUUCAAUAAAGAAUAAUUACUUUUCUCACAGUAAAGUUUAAGUUUUUUUAGCUCAAAUUGUAUAAAUGUUCUUUUAUUAGGUUAGAUUACUUUUCGCUCAAGUUUUGUGCUUUCGUUCAAUUUUGGGGAAAACCAAUUUGGCGAUCAUAAUCUUAAUUAUCAUGUUAUUGACAGAUCUCAAAGGAAACAGCUUAACGACGCACUAUUUGUCCCCUAAAUGUCAUUUUCAAAGCUUAAAAUGUCUCGGAGUUAUGAGUGGAGGAUAAACCUUCUCCCCACCCAACCCUGCCCUAAAAGGCGAAAAAAAAAUAAACAGCCUAGAUAGGGGUAAGUUAGUUUCCUGAUUAUGCUGGUUGUAAUGAAUUGUCUUCAUUCGAAUCAAUUUUAAGAAUGAACCACUUUUUUCACCAGACAGGAAAACAUGGCUAUCAAGAAAACCACGUUGUUUGUCAUCGUCUUUAUUAUGCUCCAAGCAGUUUUGAUGGCGAAGGGUAAUUAUUGAUUCUAAAAAGAAAUGAAAUUGCGAAUUAAUGAAUUCUAAGUUGAAUAGAUCACCCUAGGAAACUGAAUGUAAGUUGUAUGAUUUCAUAUGAUAGUUAGCUACCAAUAAGCUGCUUAAAAUUUACGGUUUUAGAAAUUAACAACUAUGGAGAAAUAAUAACAUCCUACUUGGCAGGGGACAUCAGGAAUUCCUAUACUUUAGCAUAUCGUGCAUCGUUUCAUAUGAAACCAGGAAUGAUACGUUCAAAAUUAAGUUCAAAGUUAAGUAGGCUAUGUAAGGCCUUGGAAGAAAAAAGAAAAGAAGAAUCUGUUGAGGGUUGAUAAGGUCAUAAAAGCUGUCCAUGACUGCGCUAAUUGCAUUACAUGGUAUGUUCGCAUGCAUUAAGUAAUUUAUGCAUUGUUACAUUUCUAUUUUUAGUGACGUUGCAUGUAUGAUUUGUCGUACUAAACAAUGCUAAAUUAUGUAGUGUUGCAUUUUUGUUUAAAGUCACAUUGUAUGUAUGUUUGUUUUCUCUUAUACAGUCGGCAUUCAGUAUUACGAAAAACACGAAAAAAAAAAAAAACAACAAAUUGACAACAUCCAUUUUCUACGAAUGACAAAUUGGUCGGGGGGUUCGAGUUCCCGUUCUAGAUUCGGGAGGACUGUUUCACGAUUCAUGUUGUUCAACGUGUUCAGCUACUGCCGAGAAUGUAGAUGAAGCGGAGGUUUUGAGUAGUUGUUCUUUUGCUAAUGUUUCUUUAAAAGUUAAGAAUUAUCGGCGGGAUGUAAGUAUUCGAAUGUAUUAAAAUAGUAAAGUGGAAUAAAAUGUAUUGUGCAAAGCUUAUUAAAAUGCAAGUGUUUGAUCUCAGAUGAAAAACGUUUUGGAUCUUAGAUGAAAACCCUAAAGAUCUCCAAAUAGGCGUCAGUCAUUGUCUAAUAAGUUCAUGAAUAAUUAAAAAAGCUUGAGAAGUGAAAAUCAACCUAGUUUGUAAAACCGCUAUGUUGUAAAUAUUUUACUUAAACUCUUGUUUCCUUCCUAGUUAGGCUAUUUAAACGUGUAUUGGCUGAUUUUAUUCCAUGAUACUCUUUCCUUGUUCAGGUUGUUGUCCAUGCGGCUGGGUUGAAAGUAACUCUUUCUGUUAUUUCAUGAACGGUAGUAGUGAAGUGAAAUGGGAUGAUGCUCGAACAAUGUGCCAAGAGAUUCAGAAGGACGCUGAUCUCGCCGUUAUCACAUCGGAAACGCAAAAUGAGUUCCUCUAUGGUCUGAUAAACUCGAAGACGCAAGACUCAUGGUAUGGUACCUGGAUUGGGCUCGAACGAAAUGCUGACGAUGAAAACAAGUUCUAUUGGGUUGAUGGCACUCCACUAUCCGGGCAGUACGAGAACUGGGCUAGUAGAGAGCCUAGCAGCAACGCCGAGAAAUGUGGCAUGUUUUGGGGACCGACAGCAUCAAUACCUAACAAGUGGAAUGACGCCUUCUGCGAUUUCUCCAUUCGAGUUUCAGAAGGAAAGCCAAAGCCCCUUGUUCUUUGUCAGAAACCAGCCGAAAGCGAUUAAGUUGAGAGCCUGAUUUGCAUAUUAUAAGACCACAGAGGGUUAAAGCUGUUUAAGGGGCUGUGUUAGGGUAAAUGGUUAGAAUCGAUUUCAGAUAUUUGUAAGAGCGUGGCAAUCGUGCACUACAUAAUCAAUAUAUAUUGUAUCCCACUGCUGAUGAUGAAAUAAAAAAGGUGUUGGGA